CUCUAUAAAUUCCAAACAUGAAUCCCUACCACAAACACACACAUACACACUCUCUCACUCUAUCUCUAAUUUAAGUUCUCUGCCUUAUAUACCUUAAAGCAAACCUAGUUACUAUGAUGAGCAAGAUCAAAGGCACAGCCCUGUUCUUCACGAUUCUGUUCCUCUGCUACAUGCUCACCCAAUCCGCACGCCCUGAACCAGAUUAUAACAAGGAAUCGCUGGAUGUUGAGGAAGUUGAUAGAAGUUGUGAAGGCAUCACAGAGGAGGAGGAGGAAUGCUUGAAUAAGAAGACACUUGCUGCUCAUAUCGACUAUAUCUAUACGCAGAAGCAUAACAACCCUUGAAAUGAAAUAAAACAUUACUUCUUCUUCUCUAAUUUUGCUCAGUUGUAGUGUAUUAUUGUGUAUUUGGCAUUAGGUGGUAGCUAGCUGGUUACUUGGCCCAGGCCUCCAGAGCUUCUGUAAUUUCUUUUUUCUAAUACAGUAGCUUUUUCUGGGUUGAAGAACACAAUCAACAAUAUAAA